AUGGAAAGGAAAAGGAAACUGCCCGCGAGGGCUUCGGCGCGUGUCGAACACGUCGCAAAGAAGCGCACUGUCACCCCUCCCGAGCCUCGAUCCGUCACCCCAGUUCCCGUUCCCGUCGAGGAGCCCCCGCCGCCCCCUUCGCUGCCUAAGUCUAUCCAGCCUGGCAAGCCGCUGCCGACCGUCGAGGACCCUCAGCCUGACGACCUCACUGCGAGGGAGUACCAGUCGUUCCAAGAGAGUGGCGUUCUGGCCGAGUCGCUGAGUCGGUCGCGACAUAAAUGGAUGGCUGAGGGCCUCUUUGAAAAGUACUGGACCAAGCCCGCGCGGAAGAAAAACGCAACCGAAGACCCUAAGAACCCGUCCAAGGACACCAUGAGCAAGAUCGGCCAGGUCACAAUCACGAUUGAGCCCCAUGUCUUCGAGGCGACCAUGUGGGCGAUCAAGGACCUCAAGCCACCCACUCCAACCACCCAGGCUACCUUUCGGCCCAUCCUGCAGUAUGGCCCUCCCAAUGGGGUCAUGCCUCCUCCGCCGACGCCCGUGUCAACGAAUCCGGGCCCCUCUUCAGUCGUGAAUGAUUCAAAGUCGACACCCCCGGCACCGAGUCCAGCUCCGCCAUCUCCUGCACCUCAGCCGCUGAAUACGAGACCGCCCUCGGCGACCACGAACGACACACCAAAGGCGAUACUCUCACCUCGAACUCACGAUCCCCUGCAACCUGCCAGCGCGACACCACCUCCGCCGAGGCCAGUCGCUCCUUCAUUACAGGCAGCCGCAGCCGCAGCCCCGCACGCGCCUGCUCCCGUUGUUGCCCCGGGGACGCCCUCGUAUCCCGGCGUCCCGCCUGCUGCGGCACCUUCGGCCCCUAAUUCUCGUCCAUCAAGCUCAACGCCCCAACCAGGGGCAGGGGCCGUGAAACCCGCGCCCGCUGGAAAGCCCCAGGGCACCGAUCCCAUCAUCAUGACUCUGGCAGAGAAGGCCUCUGAGGACCCUCAUUUGCGAGACUUGAUGAAACGUGUGGCAGCUGGUGAGGCGAAGCCUGACGAGCUGAGCAACUUCCAAAAGAUCAUCGACCAGAUUACGGCAGAGUACAAGAGGAAAGGCGGCCAGCAAGGCCCUUCGGCAGAUAGGCUAUUGGUCGAUGGGCGGACAGUCAAGUACUUCGCUGAUGAGGUACGGACCAUUCUGGAUAUUGUGCUCGCCACAAAUCCACGGCAAAAGUCGAGCGAGCUGCUGCCCCCGCGUGGGAGCGACCCCCUGGUUGUCGCACUGGUGAGGGCAGCGCUCGAUGACGCCAAGGUGCGGGCUAUGAUCCGGAGGAUUGCCGACAACCAGCCGGGGUUCACGGACGCGACCGACCUCAAGGCAGCUCUUGACAAGUUGCACAAGGACCUCAGGGGCACGCAAACCACCCCUCAGCCCCAGACGCCGACGCCGCAAGCUUCUAUCAAUGGUGUUCCGAACGGCCAAGUUGCCAAGUCAGCGGCCGCGGCACCAGCGGCUUCCCCGGCUCCAAAUGCUGCGCCAGUUUCCGGCCAGCAACAGCAGCACCCCCCUCAGCAAGCGUUACGGUCCAAAGGCCCCCCGCCGCCCACCAGGCCUGACAUAUCAGGCGUCUGUCUCGAUUUUACGGGUGGGAACGGCGACCGUUACCUGUUUCCCAAGUACAGCAUCCUGGAGUACCUUCCCGGCGGGCAGCAAGUUGUUGCGUCAUUUCUCAUCGUUCGCAAGGGCAGCCAGCUGGAAUAUGGCGGCGACGCGAAGCUCGAUUACUACCAACCAGUCACCAUCCGGAUAUACGCCCACUCCGGUCGCCACCUCGAGUACCUCCAGAGGGUUGUGGCGCCCCCGGACGAGGUCAGGAGGUACAUGGACGACGUGAUGGACAACAUGACAAGGGCCGAGUAUGUUCUCCUCGCCAUGCGUCUGCCCCGAGGCGAGCGAGAACCCGACAGCGAACAACAUGACAAGGAAACCGUCGGCGCAGGUAACCAAACCUCAAGGCCGGAGUCUUCGGCGCCUGAACACCCGGCCCCCAAACAGCAGUCUGUGCUAUGGGGCCCAAUCACGUCCAGAUUCGUCCGGCGAUUCAACAAGCAGUGGUUUGAAGAGUGGAAGAGGAGCGAGAAGGCCAACGACAAGAGGGCCCGAGACAUCUUCCAGGAGGCCUGCGAGGCUGUGGGUCGCGACCCCCUGGACAAGGACAUAGAAUAUGAGAAGAUGAUUGAGCUCCUGGCAGCUAAGGACGCCGAGUCAUCAUCUUGA